UUGGGAGUACGAAUAAGUUUUGCGGAAUUCUCAAAAAGAUAAUGCAGCAUUGAAUCACAUCGGACCAUGCAUUGUGACCAAGAUGUACUACAUAAGGAGAUGAGUAAACUUGCUGAAACCGCACUUUUCAUUUUUGCGUCGUUGGCUGGAGGGAGGAAUUGUUGAAAGUUGAUCUAGUUCAAGAUUACUUACAACUGGAAGUUGCAUCGAAAGACGGAGAAAUAUUGACGUUGAGCAUUCAUCAUGGCUUCUACAUCGAAAGCAAUAGGCGCCAGUAAUCUGACAACUGCGGAUGGAAAAAACCAAAACAAAAAGACAACUGAAAAGCAGUGUGAGCGGAUGGUGCUGCUUCUCGAGCAAGAGGCGGACAUUGCCAAAGGUUUCACCCGAGGAAAUUCCGGACCCUUCUGGAAUAAUCUGGCAGCAGAAGUCAAUAGUUUGGAACCGCCUAUUCGCGAUGGAACUGGGUGGAAAAAGGUCUGGGCGGACUCUAAGUCUGCCCAGCGAAAACUCACUCACAACAAACGGGAGCAAAGGGCAACAGGUGAAGCACCCAAUAAAAAUAUCAAUUUGUCCAAGCUGGAGAGGCAGGUAGUUCAAUUAACGGGUAACUUGGUUAUAAUUUCCAACAACUUUUCCAAAUGCAUCAUCAUGGUUCAUUUUUUGACUCAAGCGUAACUCCCUUUUCAGCGUAUCGAAUUGAGUAAGAGAAAUCUUUGAUAAUUUAUAUCUCAAAAAAUAUGAGUUGUG